AUGUCGACUCCGAAACAAGGUACGGUACCUACGGCAUCGCAACGCCUUUCUCAAACCACCGAUAGUAAGCGUGGCAAUCGAUGGUUCUUUGCUGCACAGUUCCACGAGAGGUUAGGGUAUGAUGCUGCAGGUAUAACCGGUCAACGGUGCACGUUCUCCCCGUUUUCUACAGCCCUUCGCCCUUCAGUCAGUCGGCUUUGUUGCAACACGAAGCGAAACAACCCGCGGUGCGUCAUCUUUUUGCGCCUCACGUUCCCCACCCCCACCCCCUUCCGCCCCCCGCCAUGCAGCUGUCUUUAUACCGUGCUGCCCCUUGCCCACAUGGUGAAAGCUGCGACACGCCCGGCCGCUCCGCCUACCUGCAGGUCGACAGUCGACAACUUCUCCCCAGUGCUCUCCGUCGCUGUACUACUCUACCGGUACUCUGUGCGCGACUACGAGAAGCGGAAGCCGCGCCCGGUUGCUCCUUCACGCUCAGCCUCAGCCUCAACCUCGACACGCCGCGCCCGCCGAGGAGGCCCAUCAGCCGCCGCCAUGGUGACGGGCAUCCACAGCCUGCUGCACCACCACCACCACCGGGACAAGAAGGAGGCAGAGCACUCUGGCCCGCUGCACGACCGCACCGACUCGGCCAUGGAGCGCCCGCGCGAGGAAGAGAAGCAGACACUCGCGCAGUGGGAGGCCCGCAAGCGCACCAUGAGCCCCGACGAAAUCGAUGUCGACCCCAGUCAAAAGGCCGUGGGGCACUCGUCCAAGGUGUUACGCGAAGAAGACUUUGAACUGAUCAAGACUCUGGGAACCGGCACUUUUGCGCGCGUCUGGCUGGUCCGGCUCAAAGAUGCGAAAAAGGGCGACGAGGACAAGGUCUUUGCGCUCAAGAUCCUGCGCAAGGUCGACGUCAUUCGCUUGAAGCAAGUCGAACACGUCCGCAACGAGCGCAAUGUCCUUGCCAAGGUCGCAGGCCACCCCUUCAUCACCACAAUGGUGGCCAGCUUCCAAUCGCUCGACUCGUUAUACAUGGUGCUCGACUACUGCCCUGGAGGCGAGGUCUUUAGUUACCUGCGAAGAGCGCGCCGCUUCAACGAGCCCACGUCGCAAUUCUACGCUGCCGAGAUUGUACUUAUAUUGGAAUUUUUGCAUGAGAGAGAAGGCGUGGCAUAUCGAGACUUGAAGCCAGAAAACAUACUCAUUGACGCCGAGGGUCAUUUGAAGCUGGUUGAUUUUGGGUUUGCGAAAAAGGUGGAGAAUAGGGAGACUUACACCCUUUGCGGCACACCCGAGUACCUGGCCCCGGAAGUGAUCCGAAACACAGGCCACGGUACAGCAGUAGACUGGUGGGCCUUUGGCAUCCUCGUCUACGAAUUCCUCGUCGGCCAACCCCCCUUCUGGGACCAAAACCCAAUGAAAAUCUACGAACAAAUCGUAGAAGGCCGCCUCCGCUUCCCGAGCGCAAUGUCCCCCGCCGCCCGCGACCUCAUCUCCGGCCUCUGCACCGUCGACACCUCGAAGCGGCUCGGCAACAUCUCAGGCGGCGCGUCGCGCGUCAAGGCCCACGAAUGGUUCCAGUCGAUUGAUUGGGAGAAGCUGUAUAAUCGCGAGGUCCAGGGCCCGAUUGUGCCGCACCUGCGCGGCCCGGCGGAUACGCGGAAUUUCGACGAGUAUGAGGAUGAGAGCGAUAAGCGGGAUCCGUAUACCAAGGAGUUGAGCGAUCGGUGGGAGGAAAUGUUCAAGGAUUUUUGA